GUUAUGUUUGCAGUCAAUAGUAAUUUGUUAUUUUCCGUAUUGUGCCCACAACACACAUUCUCCAAGAAAACAUUUUCAUUCUCCUAGAAUUCUUUCAACAGAUAUAAAUACGUAGCUGAAACUUUAAGCCCGAGCAAAAAAGCAAGUAUACGUACAAAAUACGUAUAAGUGUAAAAUGAACGACCGUUUGAAAAAAGCAUCGUCGACGGCUUCGGACCACUACGAGACGGUCGAUGCGAGUCGGGAGGCAGACGAUGGACGAUGGGCCCGCGAAGACGGCGGCACGGCCGUGGACGUGGGACUGUUCAAGGCCAUCGGCAUGUACCAGUUGCUGUACCCGGCCGAGUGCGGCCUGAACGACGGCGGCCACGGGUACCGGACCGCCGUGCUGGCGGCCAUGGGCCUGGUGCUCGGGCUGCAGUCGAUGCAGGUGUGCCGGCUGUACCUGGCCCGUCACGACAUCCAGAUGUUCGCCAACAUGGGCAUGUUGGUCGUGUACGGGUUCAUGUGCCUGCUCAAGGGCCACACGACGGCGACCAACGCUAGUCGGAUAUGCGUGACGCUGGACGCGGCCCGGUACGCGUUCACCGGUUGCGGUGGCCGCGACCCGUCCGUGAUGCGCCGGUGCCGGGCCACGCUGUCCACCAUCCUCCGCACGUUCGUCGCCCUCAGCUUCGGCACGCUGGUCGUGUGGGUCAUCAUACCGUGGUUCGUGGCGUCCGAGUACGACGACAUGCCCACCGUCUGGGCGGUGGUGUACGUCGUCGAGUCCAUCAUAUUCACCGUCAACGUGUUCCUGUGGACGUCGUUCGACUGUUACCUGGUCACCAUGUGCUUCGUGUUCGACGCCCUGUUCCGCACCAUGAGCGCCGGUUACGAGAAGCUCGGCCACGCGAGUCGACCGCACUCGCACGGCCGCCAACCGCUCCGCAGCCAUCGAGGUCAGGAUACCGACGUUAAAAGAAACUUAUUGAAAUUCUCAAACGAUUAUGAUGAUUUGGUUAGCCACAUUAAGGACAAUCAAAAAAUAAUCGAAAAGUACGAACUGUUUUUCCGAAUCGUUCGACCUGUAGUUCUACUUCAAAUCGCUAAUGGCUCGUACUCGAUAAUCACGUUGAUAUUUCUUACCUCAAUAGCAUAUCUCAAUGGUGAUUCGAUUGUGUCUCCAGCAAUUUUUAAAUUAGUCUGCGCACUGAUUUCGCUCACCAUUGAACUGUACAUUUAUUGUUAUGGGUUUAAUCACAUAGAAGAUGGGAGAUCAACAGUGAAUUUCGGAUUGUACAGUAGCAAUUGGACAGACAAGGAUUUACAAUUUAAAAAGACUUUGUUGUUGGCUAUGACCAUAAAUUCUGCUCAUAAACUUAAGAUGAAGGUGUCACCAAAUUCCAUAGUAAAUCUAGAAAUGUUCACUCGGGUGAUGAACAUGUCGUAUACAAUAGUGUCUACAUUACUGAGUUAAAGUAAUAAAAAGCAUAUGAUGAAUGGAUCUAUAAGUUUGUAAAAUAGCAGACUGUUGUUUUAAUCAAUAAGAGCAGUUGGAAAACGUUUUAAAAAUUUAACUAAUCUAUUUGUGUUUUAUUUUUAUUUAAUAAUAUACGGAUCAUAAUGUAUAGAUAAUAUUAGAUACUUUUAGAUUAUGUAUUGUGAAUAUAAUACUAUGAUACAAUUAAUCAUUUAAAUAUACCUAUGAAUCUUCAUGAUUCAUAGGUAUAUUUAAUUUUUAAACGUUUAAACACUUCCAUAGUAUAAAUUCUUGACGAUGAUUAGAUUUUAGAUUCUGAGUGAAGUGAUGAUUUUAUUUUGUAUGUGUCUGA